CCUGAUUUGAACGUGUUAACGCUGUGUCACCUUGUCGUAAGGCGCAUUCGCCGCACAUGCGAGCGUCCUCCAUUAUUUUGGUUCCACUGCGCGAAAUUUCAGAGGUAACAGAAUACACAUACGUAAACCCUAUGAUUAGCUGUGCUGGGCAGCGUAGGCUAUCCACAUUUGGAAAGCGCAAGAGAGACGCGCACAUGUUACCGGCUGGACGUUGCCAAACCGAAUCGACUAGCCUAGCUCGCUACCGUAUUACUCAGUGAUUCUCACCUAAGCUCCCAGAUUGACCGAGAGUUGCUGCAGUCGAUGCUGCAGUUUUAUUCUCUUACUACGCCGGUUUGUGUGCUGCGACAGCAGACUCGAUGAGAAAGACAUGCUUGCGUUCGUCCUCGUUUCUGGGUCUAUCUGGAUUAUAUUAGAUGUUUGAACACACCCUCCACCAGUGACAACAUCACAAAGAUGUAUGAAGGAGCUGAGUUCCACGCUGAUGGAGAGGAUGCAGGCCCCGGAGCUGCUGCGGACCCUGCGGCUGCCCGAGCUGGACGAGUUCAGCCAGUUCUUCCGCUCCCUGCCCACCUCUGCCCUGGUGGGCAUCGGCGCCCUGACCGCCAUCCUGGCCUACUGGCUGGCCACCCGCCCCCGUGCCAUCAAGCCCCCCUGCGACCUCCGGCACCAGUCGCAAGAAAUAGAGCAGGAGGACGGGGCACGCAGGUCCAUGCUGGGGGACAGCUCCAAACUGCUCACGCACUACCACGAGGACGCCAAGACCAUGUACGAGGUGUUCCAGAGGGGCCUUCACAUAGCCGGUGACGGACCCUGCUUAGGGUCUCGAAAACCCAAUCAGCCAUAUAAGUGGCUGUCCUACAAAGAGGUCACGACCCGGGCCGAGCACCUUGGGUCAGGGCUACUGUAUCAGGGCUGCAGGCCAUGCUCGGAUCAGUUCAUUGGAGUCUUUGCACAAAACCGGCCAGAGUGGAUCAUCUCUGAGUUGGCCUGUUACACCUAUUCCAUGGUAGUGGUGCCACUUUAUGACACCCUUGGACCAGACGCUAUUCGCUACAUUAUCAAUGUCGCCGAAAUCUCCACGGUGAUCUGCGACAAGCCGGAGAAGGCCCAGGUGCUCCUGGAAAACGUGGAGCGGAAGAACACACCCGGCCUGAAGCGGGUGAUCCUCAUGGACCCCUUCGACCCCCUCCUCCUGGAGCGGGGCGAGGAGUGCGGGGUGCAGGUUCAGGCCCUUCAGGACGUGGAGGCUUUGGGCCGAGAUCACCACAGAGGCCCCCUGCCUCCUCAACCGGAUGAUCUAUCCAUCGUGUGUUUCACCAGUGGAACCACAGGGAACCCUAAGGGCGUGAUGCUGACCCAUGGCAACGUGGUGGCGGAUUUCUCGGGGUUCUUGAAAGUGACUGAUAAAGUCAUCUUUCCCAACCAGGACGAUGUGCUCAUCUCCUUCCUGCCCCUCGCGCACAUGUUUGAGAGACUCAUAGAGUCCGUAGUCUACUGCCAUGGCGGAAGGAUCGGUUUUUUCCAAGGAGACAUCCGACUUCUUUCGGAGGACAUGAAGGCCCUGCGGCCCACCAUCUUCCCCGUGGUUCCCCGCUUGCUCAACCGAAUGUACGACAAGAUCUUCAGCCAGGCCAACAGCCCGGCCAAGCGCUGGCUGCUCAACUUCGCGGCCAAGAGAAAAGGCGCGGAGGUGCAGAGCGGAGUCAUCCGCAGCGACAGCCUGUGGGACAGGAUCUUCUUCAGCAAGAUACAGGCCAGCCUGGGCGGGAGGCUGCGGAUGAUCGUGACAGGGGCCGCCCCGACCUCUCCCACCGUUUUGGGGUUCCUGAGGGCCGCCCUGGGCUGUCAGGUGUACGAGGCGUACGGGCAGACUGAGUGUACGGCCGGUUGCACCUUCACCACCCCCGGAGACUGGACCUCAGGUCAUGUUGGAGCACCCCUUCCCUGUAACCUGAUAAAACUGGUGGACGUGGCUGACAAGAACUACUUUGCCUCUAAAGGAGAGGGAGAGGUGUGUGUGAAGGGACCCAAUGUGUUCAAGGGCUACCUCAAAGACCCGGAGAAGACCGCGGAGACGCUGGACUCGGACGGAUGGCUCCACACUGGAGACAUCGGCAAAUGGUUGCCUAACGGCACGUUAAAGAUCAUCGACAGAAAGAAGCACAUUUUCAAGCUGGCUCAGGGGGAGUACAUCUCGCCGGAGAAGAUCGAGAACAUCUACAUCCGCAGCGAGCCCAUAUCUCAGCUCUACAUCCACGGAGACAGCCUGCAGUCUUGCCUGGUGGGAAUUGUAGUUCCAGAUCCUGAGGUGAUGCCACCGUGGGCCAGGAAAAGGGGCCUUGAGGGCUGUUUUGGAGAUCUAUGUAAAAACCAGGACUUGAAGAAGGCCAUCAUGGAGGACAUGGUGAAGCUUGGCAAGGCCAGUGGACUCCACUCGUUCGAGCAGGUCAAAGAUAUCUAUGUCCACAGUGAGCUGUUUUCCAUUGAUAACGGAUUGCUGACGCCCACACUGAAGGCGAAGAGACCGGAGCUGAAAGAGUACUUCAAGGGAGAGAUCGAGCAGCUGUACUCCAACAUCUCAAUGUAACCCCAUCAAAUGAAUGACCUGGUUUCUAGGACCUGUAGCAAUAUUGCUGUAACGGUAACCAUUUGUCCUUAACUUCCCAUCAAAACAAAAAAAGAAAAAAAAAAAGAAAAAAAACAAAACUGACAACACCAAGUAAUUCCACAGUGGGUCGCGGCUGAAGAAAAGAGCUCAUUUUCGUUUGUGUUCGUCCUGCGCAACGAGAGCUGCAGCCCUGGGGGAUUCUGGGAGCAUGAAGACUUUAAAAAAAUAAAUAAAUAAAUAGAUAAAUAAAAUAAAAAAACAGAAACAAAUUAGACCCGAAACAACAGCAGCAGCCAAAAAAAACAAACAAACAGCCUGCAUAGACCUCAUUGUGUGUGUCGGCCAAAAGAAAAGAAAUGAAGAAAAAAAAAAAGAACAUUACGAAAACAAAGAAAUGAUUUGUACUUGAUCUGCAAGGUUUUUCUUUUCCUGUGAACUCUCGACUGUGUCUGGUGAAGGCCAGUGCAUGCCAUGGUCACCUCAGAGCGGCAGCAGACCCCAGCACCCCCUCCGGAGGUCUCAGGAGGCGUAUCCCGGGGUGGUUAAUGCGAAGCCAGCAGUCACCGCAGUCAGCUGUUACCCGACAAGACUUUCUUGCGUAGUCUGCGUAGGUCUGCGGGCUCCAGCACGCGACGAUCUAUCCGACACGACGCAGGCAUAGAGUUUGACCUUUGGGGUUUUUUUUUUUUUUUUUUUGCGUAGACCUUUGUAAUUGGUUUUGACUUUGUUUUAAAGCCCAAAGAUGUAUUACUUUAAUGUACAUAUUGAGGGAGAUUAGAUGUAAUUAUAUUUAAAGCGAUGGAUUGAAAGGGUUUUUACUUAUUUAUUUAUUUAUUUAUUUAAUUAAUUAAUUUAUUUUUUUGCGUGUAGUGAGAAAAUAAUUGUACCAUUAUUUAAUCUUCUGUCAGAUGGAAUCAGCACCUUGUAACACAUACUUCCAGCAAUAGGGAUGGGUGAGAAUGGGUUGGACAAAUAAAUAAAGAGAAAUUCUGGAACAAUCAUACAAGAUUUUAAUUUAUUCUUUGCAAUGUUUCAAUUACAAGCAAUGUAAAAAUUCUGGGACACCUUUGCAGGAAGUAUUUAAGUAGUGCAAGAAUCUAUUCCAUCAAUGUGAACAAUUCUACCAAUGAACCGCAGUUCACUUAUUGUACUGUUCCUCUCAUCUACACAUUCUUAAAAUCCUUUGAAUACUAGAUGACUAGGUUUUUUGGAAUGUUUUUAUUUUUAAAAUUCCAAGUCAGUGUUCUAAUUUCUUUUAAUUGGCCACCUAGCUGACACAAACAUUCUCGCAGUGUUGCUGCCAACGCGCUGCCAAUGUUACGGGCAUUGACAAAACAUUCCAGUAACAUUACGAGAACAUUUUGUGUUAACUGAGCAGUAGUGAUUGUCACAUCAAUCAUUCGAAUGUUCAGUUAAGGACAUUCUGCGCACAUACAUGUGAUCUCACAACUUAAAGGGUUUAAAAAUAAAAAAAAAGCAAUAAGUGGUCCCUGUACACAGACAAUAGUUGUACUCCCAGAAAGUCAAGCACUGAAGAAAUGAGUAAAGGCUUUAGUCUUUUGAUAUGGUUUAGCUAAAGUUUGAAUCUAUGACUGUCUGGUGUCAGAACAGGAGCACUGAAACACUUAAGCUUACUAUGGGGUUAAUUAUUGUACGGCGUCUAUAGUACACCAGGAAUUUGCGUAUGCCAUUCAAUAUUUAGAUUUGAAUGUUCUGAUGUGGUCCCAUGGGCAUAUAUAGUGACAUUUACUAUUUUUCUAAUUUGUUUGCGGAGAAUGUAUAGUUCAUUUCACGCCAAUGACACACAACUCAUACACAAACAAAAUUAGCAUAAGACAAUGAAUUUGGUUUCUCAUUCUUUAUUUUUGAAGAUUUGUUGCAGUAACACGCAGCUUUACACAUUACAGACAUAGCAGUACUUAAUUUAAAAACAAUACUCUACUUUCCAUACCUCAGGGGGAAAAAAACACAAUAUUUGUACAUAGACAGACUGCAGGUUUGACAUAAUUAUCCACAAACUUGUGAUCUUCUAAAAAUACACAUUUCACCAAAAUAGCACACAAUUUUAUGCCUUUUUCAGAAUCUGCUUGAAAAAUAUGAGAUCAUAAUGGAUAGACUCAUAUCAUAACUUCCAACAAUACAUGCAAAUAUGUGAAACCCCACUGUAAAUUGUAAAGAAACAUGCAAACAAGAUUAAUAAGAGAAGGGACAGAAUGCAGUAUUUUGAAUGUGAAACAAAUCUAACCUUUCCUGCUGCUAGUGGAUGGCCGGCAUUCUUGUAAAAAGAAAAAAAUUGCAUUAAAAAUUCCUGGUGAAUGUGUCAACGGAAUCACAAGCAUGAAGCGAAAGGUCUUAAAAAUAUAUUUUACAUUUAUAUAAAAGCGACAUGUCAUAUGGAGCACAAUGUUUAUAUCUAGUUUAUCUAAACAAAUUGCAUGAGAGGAAUAAAGCUAUUAUUGUUGCACAUG